AUGUGGAUCGCCAAUAUUUUGUUACUCAUCCUAUUAUAUCAUACCUUACCAAAAAUAUCAACUGCCGAAUAUUUUGAAGAUGCUUAUGACGAAUCUAGCCUCAUUUAUACGUUUGGAGAGAGUGUCAUUGUGAAUAAUUACCAAGCGACACGCGAACGCUGCUGGGAGAGCGGUGGUAGGGUGGUGGAAAUCCAAACCAGGAAACACCAGGAGGUGUUGGAUAAGUUGAUUGACAAUAAAACACUCAAGUUGAAUUUCUUCAUCGGACUGAGGAGAGAAGAUCUGAACGAAAUGACAUCUGUGUCAAAAAGUAGACACUCUAUUCAAUCCACGACCUACUUCGAUAAUAACUUCCUUCUGAUCAAAAACGGUGUUUUCAGCUCAGUUUUUGCAAAUCGGAAAAAUUUUUUUGUCUGCAUGAACCCAGGACCAUGCCAUGAAGAAUCGUUACUCCCAUCCAAUGCUUCCUGUUACAAGAGAGCCAGCCAAAAAUCAACUUGGUAUGACGCGAGGAGAUAUUGCAUCAACAUGGGUGGAGAUUUGAUGGAAUUCGAAGAUGAGAAGGUCCCAUUUUCGCACCCUGAAAGUUUUUGGGCCGGGUAUUCGAAGAUUAGGUGGUCCUGGGAAAGUGAGAAAGGUUACUUUGCAAAGUACACAAACUGGGACGGAGGAUAUGAAUCGAGUGGGUACGGCGACCCUCUUACUUGCGCGGAACUACACGUUGACACCAAACAAUGGAGAGAAACAGUUUGUCGUCUGCCAUACGUAACCAAUCACGUAGUCUGCCAAAAAUUGAAACCGACAACGUCAACAACGACAGCCACAACUACUGCAACCACCACAACAACAACUGAAGCUACUACAACAGCUGAGGCCACUACAAUCUUAAGUACUCAGAAUGUCCAUCAAUCUACGGCGAUCACCACAGAGCAAAAGACAGCGAUGGUUGAUGAUCCAGUUCGAUCAAAAGUCGGCAGAAGUCCCUUCAUAUAUCUCAUAGUGGCCAGUGCGUUUGUGGUCUUUUAA